GGUAGGCGAGCCGGCCGAGGAGGGGAGCCGGGGCGCGCAGGCGCGGUGGCGGCGGGCUGAGAUUUAAAGGGGAAGGACCCCCUCCGUCCGCUACCUCCUCCUCUUCAAGAGGGGAAAUUAUUUAAGUAUUUAUUUAUUUUCUAUUUCGGAGGGGCUGUGGCUUCCUCCUGCUGGGCGAAAAUGGUUUGCGGGGGCUUCGCCUGCUCCCGCAAUGCUCUGUGCGCCCUCAACGUCGUCUAUGUGCUGGUCGGGCUGUUGCUGAUUGGUGUGGCUGCCUGGGGUAAAGGCUUCGGCAUUGUUUCCAGCCUCCACAUCAUCGGAGGGGUCAUUGCUGUGGGUUUCUUCCUGCUUCUCAUCGCCAUCGUGGGGCUCAUCGGUGCUAUCAACCAUCACCAAGUCAUGCUCUUCUUUUAUAUGAUAAUUCUAGGGCUAGUCUUUAUUUUCCAGUUUGGGAUUUCCUGUUCAUGUCUGGCUCUCAAGAGAAGUAAACAAGAAAGUCUCUUGAGUGGUGCCUGGAAAAUAGUGAAGGUCGACACCAAGAAAUCAUUGGAAAUUAAUUUAAACUGCUGUGGACUAUUCAACGACACUGAAUCUGCUGACACAUUCAAAGCUGAUGUUGAUUCUUGUACUGCAGCUUGCAAAAAGACGAGGUGCCACACUUGUGGCGUGGUAAUGAUGGAACAUGCAGGAGAAGUCUUGAAAAUCCUUGGUGGAGUUGGACUCUUCUUCAGCUUCACAGAGAUCCUUGGAGUGUGGCUUGCCAUGCGCUACAGAAACCAGAAAGAUCCCAGAGCCAACCCUAGUGCCUUUUUAUAGAACCCCGCCCUCUCCACUUCUUCUCAUGCCUCCUAUUCUUUUAGCUAGCUGCUUAUCACCUAUAUUCAAGUUAUCUCAUUUCCAUCACUUAAAAACAAAGCACCUUUUGCAGCCCUUUGAAGAAAGUAAGAGAGACUUUGCCAUUGUGCCAAACUGCUGAUUGGGGGAAAUUGCAUAGCAAAUGCUGCGUCCUUGAGCAUGAAGCCUUUGGCAGGUGGCAAAGGGACCUACUGAGACAAGCAAACUUGGGACCAUGACUGGUAUAAAAUGAUGUGACCUGCCAAAGUACACAUAAUGCUGCUCCUUACUACAAUCAUUCUGGUGUUUUUAAAGUUUGUACUUUGGGAUUGUUACAUUCAUUGCUGUUUUUAAACUCCCUGAAGUUGUUCCCUUUGCCUUGGAAAUGCAAAGGGCUUGAUGCAAUUGUUUGGUCAGUGGAAGACACAACGCCCGUACCAUGCAUUGCUUUACAUUGUGUUUGUAGUAGUCUCACUUGGACUAAUGUGAAAUAGACACAAAAUAACCCAGCAAGAAAAUUCAAAAGAUUUUACAUUUUACACAAACAUAAGGAUUAAGUUAUUAUUAUGUGUGUAUCUUUUAAAAAAGGAACAAACCUCAGUUGACGUUUUCUUGAAUUCCUUGUUUACAAUCAUUGGUACAGGCUACCUCUUUUUAAAGAGAAAGCAGAGGCCUGUGUAAACUUGCCCAGAGAACGUAAUAACUCAUUAUGUAACUUAAGGCUGUAUCAAUGUUACAGAUUUGCAAGGUGGCUUGAUAGUGGUUUUUCUCUUAAUUUUUUCCAGCAAGAGGGACUUGUCAGUCUUUUAAGACUGAGAUUCCCUGUCCAUUUGCAGUACUACUAUGCCUAUGAUUCCUUGAUUGGACAAACUGUUGUAUGUUGCAUUGUAGAUAUGCCCUGCUCUGUUUGGACUCCUAUCCCUGUGUUCAUUUUGUGUAAGGAUGUAUGAGGGAAAUAGAGGUAGCUCCAUGGGAUGCUUUGUACAUUGGUUUUUGAGAACUUACCUCCAAAUUUUGUUCCAAUGUCAUUUUGAACUUCAGAAUAAUUUUGGUUCUAUAUGAGCAGAGACUAUAGAAUCUAUAACCACAAUUCGGCUGGAAACAGAAAUGCUGUGAGCUGGCGUCAUGCUCCUUCUGCACUACUUCAGGUUAGCAGUCUUGGAAUAAGUUUUAUUGGGCUAUGAUUCCAUUCUCCUAACCUAGUGGUUCUCAAUCUGUAGGUCGCCAGGUGUUUUGGCCUACAACUCCCAGAAAUCCCAGCCAGUUUGCCAGCUGUUAGGAUUUCUGGGAGUUGAAGGCCAAACAUCUGGAGACCUACAGGUUGAGGACCACCCUUCAAAAUCUUGGUUCAUGUAGAGAAAUCAUGCAUCUUCAUGGUAGUAUGCUGCCAGUUUCCUACCCAAGAAAGAAAAAUUAAUGCUCAUGUUCAUUAAUGAAAGAUCUUAGAAUCCUGCAAAGGUCACUUUUCCAUUCCCAGCAUUGUAUCAUCACCACACCUUGGAAAGCAUCCAUCUUCGCUUCUUUCUGAAGCAGAGACUGAAUGGGAGUAGAAGGCUGUUUAUGACAGCAGAGCAAAAGAUCAAGUACUAUUCCACAUCACCAGAGACUGAGAAAGGGCAGGUGUGAUGCACAACAACAAAAACUGCAAGGAAGGGAAGAUGAUGAUUGGAAAGGACUGCCUUCUUGCUUGUUUACUUCUCCAACAUAGCACCAAGAGUGUUUCCUUUUCCUACAAGCCACUUCGUAAAGUGAGAAAGAAACCUCCCAGAUGAAGAAAGACUCUAGUGUGCUUUUGGAUGGAGACCAGCGAUUCCCUUAACUACCAAUACAAUGAUGGCACAUGCCCACCUGUUCUUAGUGAAGGUUAGCACUUGACAGAGCAUGUCGAUAAAGGCAUCAGAAGGAAAGCUUAGGAAUAAAGGUGAAGAUCUAAGGAAAACCAUUAGAAUUUCUAUAUACCAUUAAUAUUCAGUCACCAGGCUAUUUAUUUUGGGGUGGCCUUGUGAUGAGGCAGUGCCUCUUUUGUACAGAAGCACCUACAUUUGGAGCAGAUAGAAGUAGUUUGGCAGUCAUGUACUGAGAGUGCUCUGUUCAGCUCUAGAUGAAGGUACAUCAGAGACAAUGACUUCCUCAUACAAUUUACUUAGUACUUAGGGAUAACCAUGUGGGAAUACAAAGCAUUAAAAAGGUACGCUCUAUAAUCUGAUGUGCUUCCUUUUCAGAACAGUAAUUACUAAUAAACCUUCUUGUACUCUAGUCUUCUCCGGUUAAAAGUCUCAGGUUGGGUGAGGAGACUUUUGCUGAUCUGUAUGUGUACAGAGAUUGGUUGAAUCAAGAUGCCAUGCACUUUACGGGAAUACACAAGAUUUACUCAGCCAGGGAAUAUAGAUGUAUCUCAUCCUAUUCAUGUCUGACUUGACAGAUGCCUGCUUGCCAUUAUUUUUAAUUUAAAAGGGGGGAGUUUGACUUGCUGCUUCCCUUUGGUGGAUGGCUUUGAAUGCUGCAUAUUUGCUAGAGACUAUCCUUGCCUUUCAAUUAGUGGCGGAUAAAGGAGGAAGAGUGUAAGGGGCUUAACAUUUGCAUAAACACUAUGAUGCUCAAUAUGUUUCAGGUCACCUUUCCUUCUGAUGGCUUUGUUGAGAAGUACAUGCUUCUACCAUCAUGUAUAACUGGAUUACUCAAAUUGUAGAUUCGAGUUGCCGUUACAGAUCAUUUGAAUAAAUACAUUUCUGUCAA